UGUGCAUCCCUCGUGCACGCGUGCGAGUGCACGCUGGCUGCAGCCGAAACGUCAACUGAGUUGUCAUUGUAUUUUGCUUUGAUCUUUUUCGUCGCGAAAAUCUCGUCUGACACGCACGAACUUUCGAUUCUGUCCGAAAUCCGUGAAUUUCGACAGAAUGUCGCGAAACCGAGCAGCUGAGGAGACUGACAAGCAAACGCGUAUCGCCAUCGUCAGCUCCGACAAGUGUAAACCGAAACGAUGCCGUCAGGAGUGCAAGAAGUCCUGUCCGGUGGUCCGGAUGGGCAAGUUGUGUAUCGAGGUGGCGAUGGACUCGAAAAUUGCGUCCCUCUCGGAGGAGCUUUGCAUUGGGUGCGGUAUUUGUGUGAAGAAAUGCCCCUUCGAAGCAAUCACCAUCAUCAACAUCCCGAGUAACUUGGACAAGCACACGACCCACCGUUACUCGAAGAACUCGUUCAAGCUGCAUCGCUUGCCGAUUCCUCGCCCGGGAGAAGUGCUGGGGUUGGUCGGUCAGAACGGUAUCGGCAAAUCUACCGCGCUGAAGAUCUUGGCCGGCAAGUUGAAGCCCAAUCUGGGACGUUACUCCGACCCUCCGGAUUGGAGCGAGAUCCUGGCUCACUUCCGUGGCAACGAAUUGCAGAACUAUUUUACCAAGAUUCUUGAGGACAGUCUACGAGCGUUGAUCAAGCCCCAGUACGUGGACCAGAUCCCAAAGGCCGUCAAGGGCACAGUGGCAGCUUUGUUGGACAAAAAGGACGAACGGAACAAUCAGAAGGAAAUUUGCGCUAUGUUGGAUCUGACCAACAUUCGGGAUCGCGAGAUUCAGGCAUUGUCCGGUGGAGAACUGCAGCGUUUUGCCUGCGCCAUGGUUUGCAUCCAGGAUGGCGACAUUUUCAUGUUCGAUGAGCCGUCCUCGUACUUGGAUGUGAAGCAACGUUUGAACUGUGCGUUGACCAUUCGGUCGCUGAUCCACCCGGACAAGUUCAUCAUCGUGGUAGAGCACGAUCUGUCGGUUCUGGACUAUCUGUCCGAUUUCAUCUGCUGUCUGUACGGAGUUCCAGGAUGUUACGGUGUAGUUACUAUGCCUUUCUCCGUUCGCGAAGGCAUCAACAUUUUCCUAGACGGUUACGUUCACACUGAAAACAUGCGUUUCCGAACGGAAUCGCUGACCUUCAAGGUCUCGGAAUCGGCCUCGGAAGAGGAAAUCAAACGAACUUGCCACUACGUUUACCCAUCGAUGAAGAAGAAGCUCGGAGGCUUCACUCUUACCGUCAACGAUGGCCAGUUCAGCGAUUCAGAAAUCAUCGUCCUCCUGGGUGAGAACGGAACCGGCAAGACCACCUUCAUUCGAAUGCUCGCUGGUAAUCUGGAACCGGAUGAGGAGUCCGAAAAGCUACCUUGUUUGAACAUUUCCUAUAAGCCGCAGAAGAUCUCACCCAAGAGCCAGGGAACGGUUCGUUGGUUGCUGCACGAGAAAAUCCGGGACGCCUACGUCCAUCCGCAGUUCAUCGCCGACGUCAUGAAACCAAUGAAGAUCGAGGAAAUCAUGGACCAGGAGGUGCAGAACUUGUCUGGAGGUGAAUUGCAACGUGUGGCUCUGGUUCUGUGCUUGGGUAAACCUGCCGACGUGUAUCUGAUCGAUGAACCUUCGGCCUACCUGGACUCCGAGCAACGUCUUAUCGCCGCUAAGGUGAUCAAGAGAUAUAUCCUCCACGCCAAGAAGACCGGCUUCGUGGUGGAGCACGAUUUCAUCAUGGCAACCUAUCUGGCCGACCGGGUCAUCGUGUUCGAGGGUAAACCGUCCGUGGACACCACCGCGCACACGCCCCAGUCGCUGCUGAACGGAAUGAACCGCUUCCUGGAACUGCUGGAGAUCACAUUCCGACGGGACCCGAACAACUUCCGGCCCCGCAUCAACAAGACGAACUCGGUUAAGGACACGGAACAGAAGCGCGCCGGCCAAUACUUCUUCUACGAAGAGUCCUAAAUCGGUCGCGAGCGCCCACAGCAACCCAUCAUCUGGUAUUAGUCUGAAUCAGAAGAACCUGUCUCGUUUUACACCGUGGAAGAAAAAUUGUAUUCAUUUUUUAACAAUCCUACAAUCAGCAAUCGUGCUUGUAUUCUUUUUUUGAUGGAAUAAACAGAGAGGAGAAAAUGUUGCCUCUGUAUCGACACGUUGGAAGGAUGGACUGAAUUUGGUACGUGGUGGUAAAACAUCGGGCCCUUUUUACCACGGAAUGACAAGAAACAUUCGGUUCAAUUAACGGGAAACAUGUUCUUAAUAUUACGCAUCAAGUGAGUCAUGCUCUUGAAAAAAAAGUUAGGGAAAAUAGUGUUUUACUAAUGAUAAAAAGUGGAGUUCAUUAUAAUUAUUGUUUAUGCUUCUUAUUAUUUGUACAAUAAAUUAAGUAAAAACACAAA